AUGUGUGUCACCAUACAAACGGCGCGGCGGAACGACGAGACACAACAGACGGCUUCGGAUUAUGCACUUCGACGCAGGCUUCACCAGGAGAGUCGAGCGAGGGACGAGCUGCAGUGGCAAAAGGAUCGGCUCCUGGAGGAAAUCCGGGCUCAGGAGGAGGAGAUCUCGGCCUUGGAGGAGCAGCUUCGGGCCUCCUCGCUGCCUCUGAAGGUGGCGCAGACGAGGCUGGAGGGAAGGACGGCUCGAGUGCGGCAUGACUUGGUGAGGGACGCUCCUCAGGACGGCCUGGUGGCGGAGGUCCAGCAUCUGACACAGACGCGGACGCUCCUGAGGGAAAAACUGGCCAAGGCACUUGAUGCCCUUCAUACCCUGCAAAGACACCUCCGGACGGUGGACGUGGACCUCGGAAGGAAAAACCUGUCAGUGAGCCUCGAGCAGAAGGUGACCGGAACAAGAGUGGUACUCAAAGCGCCUCAACCCAAAGAGUCACUAACCCAGGCCAACCUCACUCUUACUGGUUCCCUUAGGAAACACCCUACACAAAUCCUGUAAUGGUUCCCAGUAGUAUAAUCAAUAGUUAAUUCACAAAUGAGGUAUUUCAAUUAUUGUACUAUUAAAACUGACCCAGUAUCGUCCGUAAAUUGUAAUAAACUGUACCCUAACCAAAUUCUUUGUAAAUGUUUUUAAAGAAAUCAACAUUUCUGACAAUAGGAUACACCUCAGCAGUUGCAAUUCAUGUACUGACCUUCUAAGUUUAGGCACCUGAUAUGCAUUCCCCUAUAAGAUACGACAUGUAUGGAAAGGAAUGAAUGAUAAUGAUUAUCUUCACAAUACAAGAGGUGUAUUU